AUGAUAUAUCUCGAUUUCCCUUCAACGGAAACAAUAAUAGACUGUAAUGGAAAAGCCUUCAAGAAGAUGAAAAAUCUCAAAACACUUAUCAUAAAAAAUGGUUAUUUAUCCAAAGGUGCCCGACAUCUUCCAAGUGGUCUGAGAGUAUUAGAAUUGCCAAGAUAUCGUUUAGGAUGUAUACCUUUUAGCAUUUCGAACAAAACAUUUGAGAAGAUGAAAAUUUUAAAACUUAACAAUUGUGAACACUUAACAAAUAUAUCUGACGUGUCGUGUCUCCCAAAUUUAGAAAUUUUUUCAUUCAAAAAGUGCAAGAAUUUAAUUUCAAUCGAUGAGUCUAUUGGCUUCCUCGAUAAGCUUCAAAUAUUGAAUGCUGAGGGUUGUGACAAGUUAUCGAGUUUUCCACCUUUGAAGUUGAACUCUCUUCAAGAACUAGAACUUUCAUGUUGUACAAGUCUCAAGAAAUUUCCUCAAAUAUUGGACAAGAUGAAUAAUAUCAACUAUAUAACUUUGAGAGACACUGGCAUAAAAGAAUUUCCAUCCUCAUUUCAAAAUCUUACCAAACUUCAUAGCUUAUCGAUACGUGGACAUGGAAAACUUAUAUUUCCAUGUAGCAUUCUCAUGAUGUCAAAUUUGUCCGAAGUUGAAAUUGAGGGUUAUAGUCGAUUAGUCACAAAACCGUAUGAUGAACUGAGUUCCUUGUUGUCUUCCAAUGUGAAAGAGAUUUUUAUUGAAACAAGCAAAGAUAAAUUUCUAUCAGUGGCUCUCACCUUGUUUUCUAAUGUGGAAACCUUAAACUUAUCCAACAGCGAUAUCAAAAUUCUUCCUGAAUGCAUAAAAAAAUGUUGCUUUCUAAAGAACAUUUAUUUGGAUGGUUGCAUAUAUCUUGAAGAAAUAAGAGGGAUUCCGCCAAAUCUUAAAAGAUUGUCAUUGGGGGGCGACUUAUUGACUUCAUCGAGUAAAAGCAUGCUAGUGAAUCAGGAACUGCAUGAAGCUGGAGGCACUGAGUUUCGUUUUCCAUCAUCCCAAAGCGAGUUGAUUCCGGAGUGGUUUGAGCAUCAAAGUAGAGAACGGUCUAUUUCUUUUUCGUUCCGUAACAACUUCCCUUCCUUGGUUUUCUACUUUUCUUUUAUAAGUAUGGAUGAAUGGUUCUUGGAGCUAGUUUCGGGAUUAAGAGUCUAUUUCCUCAUCAAUGACUAUGCAUAUACUCUUGAUGUUCUUAAGUUUGGUAAUCCUAUUGAUGUUCUAGGGGAAUAUACAUAUAUAUUUUCUUCAGAUUGGAAAAAGUGGUUAGAACUAGGGGACUAUACACCAAAGGGACACCCAGAACUCAAAUCUAUGUUGGAUGAUGCACUUUUGAAAAAUGAAUGGAUUCAUGCUGAAGUUGAGAUUGUGGCUUAUUGGAAUGAUGAUGAUGAUGAUGAUAUUGUUGUUGAAAGUUGAAUCCAUGUACUGAAACAUUUAACUAGCAUGGAUGAUAUUCAAUUCACUAUUUCAUCUUUACCCCAAAAGAGAAAAUUAGAUGAAUUUCUCAAUGAUUCAACAUCAGAAUGAUUCAAUUCACCGACAAUUUCCCAACUUCUAUACCAGCUUGCAAGAAAUGAAGGAAAUGUAGAUAUUUGUGGCAUAAUUGUAAGAGCUAAUUUGGUUUAAAUACAAAUGACCCUAAAAAUAAUUUGAUGAUAAAAAAGAAUAUGUGAGUAAUUUUGUCGCUCUGAUGUUUA